AUGAAGCCAAUCGCGAGGAUAGCCAACCUCCCCCUCUCGGGCGCCCUGCAGCACCGGAGCCGCAGCUCAGCAGCCGCAGCAGCCGCGCUGCUGCCGCCGCCGGCAUGCCUCCUCCAGCAACGGGGGGCCAUCCACUCGGGCGCCCCGAAGCGAGCCAACGUCGUCCCGGUCUACGGCACCGGCCCGCCGCCAGAGCCGCCCGUGCCCAGCAGCAGCCAGCCCGUCGACAGCCGCAUCGCCGAGCGCAGGAAAAAGGCCGACAUGCUCAAGAGGGCCCAGGAGCUGCGCGCCGCCUCCCAGGGCAAGCCCAGCGCAAAGGACAAGAAGGCCGGCGCCCUCAAGAAGCGCUUCUGGAAGGACGUGCACGUCAAGGAGGUCGAUGGAGCAUACGAGAUCCACCUCGACACCCGCGCCCUCCGCCACCCGACCACAAAGGCCAAGGUCCGCCUGCCCCUCUCCAAGCCCAACCUCGCCCACGCCCUCGCCGUGGAGUGGGACAUGCUCGUCUCGGCCCAGCAGGCCACGAGGCAGCACCUCAUCCCGCUGACCAGCCUCGUCUGCCGCGCCAUCGACAUCGCCGAGGACGACGCCGCCCACCACCACAGCGCCACCAGUGAUGCGGCAGGCCAAUUCGCCCCGGUCCGCACGGGCAUCGCCACCAUCCUCCUCCGCUACCUCGACACGGACAGCCUGCUGUGCUGGAGCCCGCCCCCGGAUCCCUUGUCCCACGGCCGCAACGCCGACGGCGCGUCCCUGCGCGAGCUGCAGGAGCGCGCCGCCGCCCGCGUCGUCGGCUUCCUCUCCGCCCACGUCUGGCCGGGCGUCGAGUUCGAGCCCGUCCUCGACGAGGACUCCAUCAUGCCGCGCCAGCAGAAGCCCGGCGUGCGCGAGGUCGUCCAGGGCUGGAUCAUGGGCCUCGAGCCCUGGGAGCUCGCCGGCCUCGAGCGCGCCGUGCUGGCGGGCAAGAGCCUGCUGAGCGCCUCGCGCCUCGUGGCCGAGUGGAGCGAGGGCGCCGCCGGGGUCGCCUCCCUCGAGGGCCGGCAGGCCGGCUACGGCGUCGAGGAGGCCGCCAAGGCCACCAGCAUCGAGGUGGACUGGCAGAUCGGGAACUGGGGCGAGGUCGAGGACACCCAUGAUGUAGAGAAGGUGGACCUGCGCCGACAACUGGGAAGCGUCAUUCUUCUCGUCUCUGGCAGCAGCAGGAAGUAG